GCGGACAUUGGAGCGGCGCAGACCCUGCUGCCGUACUUGGGUAGGAUGGAUCCUCUGUCUGGGCUCGCUAUGGUGAUGUCAGGCAUCAGCCCUUCAGCUCCAUUUUCGGAUGUACUGAAGGCAGGGCAGGUGCCCGAAAAUUCGCUGACCGGGUGGUUCUUCGACUUCUUGGCCUUCGCAUUACAGGGCCUCCCUGCAAGUGCAACUCAAGCUGCGGGUGUCUCCUUCAUGAUGCGGGAGUUCUUUGCACCGGGAGCCGUCAUGGACUACCCCAAGGGGGGCUCGGGUGCACUGGUGGAUGCCCUGCUGCGUGCUGUUGAGAAGCGUGGUGGGGAGCUGCGGCUCCGGACGCGUGUUGAGAAGCUCGCGGUCGACAAGACAGGCCGCUGCACUGGAGUCGAACUGAAAGGCGGUAAAGGUCUAGAAGCGCGUGUGGCCGUGCUGUGCAAUGCAGAUGUUUGGAACACUUCGUCGAAGUUGCUGCCGGAGGAAUGGCGCCCCAAGGUGAGAGGUUCGUCACUAGAUGUGGAGGGUGUGCCGAUGUGUCCGAGUUUCAUGCACCUGCACCUGGGCUUCCGAACUGAAGGAUUGGAUUUGGAAGCCAUGGGAGUCCACCAUAUUACCGCUGCAGACCUGCAAGCACCGGUUGAUGCUACAGACAACCUGGUUUUCAUCUCCAUUCCCAGUGCCAUCGACGACACCGCCGCGCCUAAGGGGUACGCUUGCCUACAUGCCUACCUGCCAGCCACAGAGCCUUACGAUGCAUGGGCCGGGAUGGACCGGCGCUCAGACGAGUACAAGCGCAAGAAAGAGGAGCGUGCCGCGCCACUCUGGAAAGCCGUCGAACGCGUGAUCCCUGACAUACAGAGCCGACUUGUUGUCAGGAUGGUCGGCACGCCCUUGACACAUGAGCGGUUUCUGAACAGGUACAGAGGCACCUACGGCCCAGCAUACCGAGCUGGGAUUCAGAGCUACCCCUCGCCGCAGACACCUCUACGAGGGCUUUGGUGCAUAGGUGAGGGAUCUUUCCCAGGGAUCGGGGUCCCGGCUGUUGCAGGGAAUGCUGCUGGAGUCGCCAACACCAUCGCACCCCUCGAGAUGCAUCAGAGGCUGCUCGAAAGGUUGAGGAAGGCCGAGCUGCUU